ACUUGCUUGUAUUUAAGAACGUGGAUGUUUUGAACGCAGCGUACUUGUUUUCGUGCUGCCUCAAAGAAUGGGAAAGUCUAAAAAAGAAAACACAGACGGUGAAGCUAAGCAAUCAGUGACACUGAAGAAAGAAGUUUCUGUGUUACAAGGUGUGAGCAUUGUUGUCGGAGUUAUAAUUGGCUCUGGCAUAUUUGUUUCACCUGUUGGGGUUCUGAAACAUACCAAGUCUGUCGGAUUAUCAUUUAUUAUGUGGACCAUUACUGGAUUAUUCAGUGCACUGGGUGCUAUUGUAUAUGCUGAAUUGGGUGUUACUAUUCCUCGGUCAGGUGGAGAAUAUAUUUACAUACUGCAGACGUUUGGACCCUUACUUGCCUUCCUGGCUUUUUGGAUUACGUUUGUCGUAAUUGGAUCUGCAAGUUGUGCAGCAAAUGCACUUAUUUUUGCCGAAUAUGUCCUUCGACCAGUUUACUCGAAUUGUGUUACUCCUGCUGCUGCGAUACGCACUGUCGCAGUGCUAGGACUGCUUCUUCUUUGCUUUGUGCAUUGUUUUAGUGUCAAACUCGCAACAAAAGUUGCAGUUGUCUUCACUGCUUGUAAGGUUACAGCUUUACUUAUUAUAAUUGGUCUCGGCCUCUACUACCUGGGCAAAGGUAACAUUGAGAGUUUCCAAGAUUCAUUCCAAGAUAGCGAAAAAUCACCUGGUGAGCUUGCAUUGGCGUUUUACCAAGGGUUUUGGGCAUUUUCUGGUUGGAAUUAUUUGAACUUUCUAACUGGAGAAGUGAAAAAUCCAGGGAGGACUGUCCCGAUUGUAAUUGUACUCUCUCUUACAUUAGUAACACUGAUUUAUGUUUUGACCAAUGUGGCCUACCUUGCAGUUUUAUCACCAGUAGAAGUUCUCGCUUCGGAAGGUUCAACGGCAAUAGCUGUGAGCUUUGCAGCAAGGACUAUGGGAGUUGUGGGUUUGAUUAUGCCAAUUCUUGUAGGUGCUUCAGUUUUUGGUAGUAUAAAUGGUGAAGUAUUCUCUAUUUCUCGAUUAGCAUUUACUGCUGGUGAAGAAGGACAUAUGCCUGCUCUUCUUUCAAUGGUUAAUAUUGAUCGUCUCACUCCUAUUCCAUCCAUAUUAGUUGUAGUAUCUCUAUCUGUAGUUUUUCAAAUGUUUGAUGAUGUAUUUUAUUUGAUCGAAUUAACCGGAUUUGCAUUCUCAGUAAUUUCUGCAAUGGCUGUUUGUAGUUUAUUAUACAUUCGUCGUACAAAUCCUGAAUUGAAUACAUCAGGAUUUAAAUUGCCCGUCUUUAUUCCUAUAUUAUAUUUAAUUGUCGAUAUUGCUAUUGGAAUUCUUGCAAUCUAUCAAAAACCUACAGAAUGUGCUAUUAGUCUAGGUGUAAUGUUAUUAGGUAUACCGGUUUAUCUUUUCGGUGUUGUAUGGAAGAAUAAACCAAAAUCAAUGCAAUCAUUGAUAUAUAGUGUUACAAUCAGUUUUCAGAAACUUUUAAAAGUUGUUGAACAAGAAAAAGUCUUAGAUGUAGUUAAAUCAGACAGUGAAUUAAAAUCUCUUGGUAAUAAUCAUCAACUGGAAAUAUCCUAAAACAAACAACAAUCACGUUUUUAUUAUUUUGUUGUAGUAUGUUUCCAAUAUUAUCUAUUUAAAACUUGUUCAAAUUAAAAAUUUGAUUUCUUAAUUUUUCCUGCUGUUAGUACUACUACUACUACUACAACUACGAUUUCUAUUCAAUUGCAUUCUUAUAUUAUAAUAGUUGCUUUAAUUAAUUGAUAUAAAAACAAAUCCUGUGCGCUUAAUUCAACUUUUUUUUAAUUCAACAAAAUCAACUAUUUGCAGCGCCUUAAGAAAAAAAAACUUCUCUUCCAGCCAUUUUGUAAAUUUAUUCAACGUGUGUGUUUUUAUCUCUCUCUCUCUCUCUCUGUGUGUGUGUGUGUCUUAAGUUUCACCAGAUCCAGUUUAAAUUCAAUCAUUUCUUAUAGAGUUUUACAUAAAUUUCUACUUUUCUUAUUAAAUAUCAACAUAUAUAUAGCUAUAUAUAUAUACAUAUGUGUGUAUAUUCUCGCUUAUUCACUUCGCUCUAGCGUUUCUUUUUCACACUGUCACUCUAUUCAUCCCGUUGUAGAUGUAUUUUUUUUUUUGCCUCAACUUCCUUUUCCAGAAGUACUUACUUCUUAAAUGAUCAAAAUGAGUGGAUAAUCUUAUUUUCCUUUCCGUUCAGAAACAAUUAAAAAAAAACUUUAUGUUGUGUACCCUGAAUUCUUUCGACCAAAUUCCUUUUUUCUCAAACUUUACUAACUAGAUCCCUUUGCUUUUUCUUCAAUUAAAUGUAAAUUCCUGUUUGUGUGUUUAAGUGUGAGUGUGUAUGUACAUAAUUGAUACACAAAAAAAAUCUUCAUGAUAUUAAAAAAUGAUUAAUAAUAAUAAUAAUAAAAAU